UAUAAGCCAUAGAUUGUAUACGGUGGAGCUCAACCCCAACCUGCAUAAAUUGUCCUGCAAAAACUUGUUCUUCCAACAGAAAGGCUUGAAUAUCUUGUUUGAAUAAUAACUGUCGAGCAUGGAUGAGAUUACAGGUGGGAAUGGUAAAAAUAAAAUCACCCGUAUUCUUUUUUGUGGGCUGAACUAUCCUGCUUCUCAUAGUUACACAAGAGAAUAUUUGCAAAAGCACCCCUUUAUUCAGGUUGAUGCUGUUCCCUUCGACGAUGUGCCUAAUUCUAUAGCAAAGUAUCACGUGUGCGUUGUGAAAACCAUGAAGCUAGACUCAAAUAUUAUCUCUCGUGCAACUCAAAUGAAUCUUAUAAUGCAGUAUGGUGUUGGUUUGGAAGGUGUUGAUAUUGAUGCUGCUACGAGGAAUGGAAUCAAAGUUGCUAGGAUUCCGAGUGACAUAACAGGAAAUGCAGCAUCAUGUGCAGAACUAUCUAUAUAUCUGAUUCUGGGCCUUCUUCGAAAGCAAAAUGAGAUGCAAAUUGCUGUAAAGCAGAGAAAGCUUGGAGAACCACUUGGUGAAACACUACUUGGAAAAACAGUGUUCAUUUUGGGAUUUGGAAAUAUUGGGAUUGACUUGGCAAGGCGUUUGCGGCCGUUUGGUGUAAAAAUUAUUGCUACAAAAAGGAGCUGGGCAUCACAUUCACAAGAUCCUUCCCAGUCUAAUGGAGCUUCGGUUCAAAAUGGUAGCACACAUGAUUUGGUUGAUGAAAAAGGUUCUCAAGAAGAUAUUCAAGAGUUUGCAAGCAGAGCAGACAUUGUUGUUUGCUGCUUAAUUUUAAAUAGUGAAACAGCUGGCACUGUAAACAAGUCAUUCAUAUCUUCAAUGAGAAAGGGUGCCCUUUUAGUAAAUAUAGCUCGAGGGGGUCUUCUGGACUAUGAGGCUGUUCUUUACAACCUCGAGUCUGGCCACUUAGGAGGCUUGGGCAUUGAUGUUGCUUGGACUGAACCAUUUGAUCCUAAUGAUCCAAUUUUGAAGUUCAAGAAUGUUCUAAUCACACCUCACAUUGGUGGAGUUACAGAACAUUCUUUCAGAUCCAUGUCUAAGGUUGUUGGCGAUGUUGCUCUUCAACUUCAUGCAGGUAGUCCUUUGACAGGUAUAGAAUUUGUCAACUGAUUCAGUUAAGAGAAGUGUAUAAGUGAUUAGAUGAUAAAGAAACCUCUCAAACUGAAUGAUAAAAAUCACAUUUC